AUGGUGUUCAGGCGGAAUAGUAGCUGUGGUCAAAUAAGAGGAAAGCAGCCCACAUAACUGGCACGCGUCCAGUUUAAAUAGACUACGUACCUAAAUCCCAUAAGAAGAAGCUACAGACGACCAUCUAGCCAGCCAAUAUGAUGUGGUCCAUGCAACUCUUUUUGCUUCUGGGCUCCAUAAAUGUCACUACUGGAAUCAGAUUGGUCAAUGGAGACUCUUGUUCUGGAAGAGUGGAGGUUCUUUAUAAUGGAAUAUGGGGAACAGUGUGUGAUGAUGGCUGGGAUCUAACAGACGCUGCAGUGGUGUGUAGAGAGAUGGGUUGUGGGAAUGCGAUCGAGGCAAAGAGUGUUGAUUAUUUUGGACAAGGAUCAGGACAAAUAUGGUUGGAUGAUGUAAACUGUGAUGGCACGGAGUCCUCACUGAAGAACUGUAGGACAAAUGGAUGGGGAACACAUAACUGUGGACAUCAUGAAGAUGCUGGAGUCAUCUGCAACUCUGUCAGGUUGGUGAAUGGCAUCAACUCUUGUUCUGGAAGAGUGGAGGUUCUUCAUAAUGGAAUAUGGGGAACAGUGUGUGAUGAUGCCUGGGAUCUAACAGACGCUGCAGUGGUGUGUAGAGAGAUGGGCUGUGGGGAUGUGAUCGAGGCGAAGAGUGCUGCUUCUUUUGGCCAGGGAUCAGGAACGAUAUGGAUGGAUGAUGUACAAUGUACUGGAAAUGAUUUUACCCUGAAAAGCUGUUCUUCAAAUGGAUGGGGAAUACACAACUGUAACCAUCAACACGAUGCUGGAGUCAUCUGCCAGUCUGUCAGGUUGGUGAAUGGAGACAACAAGUGCUCUGGACGAGUGGAGUUUCUUUGUGGCGGUCAGUGGGGAACAGUGUGUGAUGAUGGCUGGAAUCUAACAGAUGUUGCAGUGGUGUGUAGAGAGAUUGGUUGUGGGAAUGUGAUUGAAGCAAAGAGUGAAGCUUAUUUUGGACAAGGAUCAGGACCAAUAUGGAUGGAUGAUGUAAAUUGCGCUGGCACGGAGUCCUCACUGAUUAAUUGUAGGACAAGUGGAAUAAAUGACUGUAGACAUUUUGAAGAUGCUGGAGUCAUCUGCAGCUCUGUCAGGUUGGUGAAUGGCAAUGACUUUUGUUCUGGAAGAGUGGAGGUUCUUCAUGACGGUCAGUGGGGAACAGUGUGUGAUGAUGGCUGGGAUCUAUCAGACGCUGCAGUGGUGUGUGGAGAGACGGGUUGUGGGGAUGCUAUAGAGGCAAAAAGUGCUGCUUAUUUUGGCCAGGGAUCAGGACCAAUAUGGAUGGAUGAUGUACAAUGUGCUGGGAAUGAAUCUACACUGAAAACCUGUUCAUCAAAUGGAUGGGGAAUACACAACUGUAACCAUCAACACGAUGCUGGAGUCAUCUGUAAACAAAUCAGGAAAAAGACAGUCAUGAGGCUUAAAUUUAAUGUUGAUCCAAAAACUGACCUAAAUGACAAAAGAAAAAAGAUGGAGAUUUUGGAAAAGCUUAAAUAUGAGCACAGAAUACAAGAGUACGAGUCACAGUAUGCCAGUAAUCCAAGCAGAGCCUACUCUCAGCCGCAGAGAGACCAGCACAGGAACCCAAAGCCAACUCAAAAAUUUGCCACUGUCUUACGUGGUGGAGAACAGAGUAAACCAUCAAGUGCUACAGCAAUCAAGAAGGAGAAACCAAAAAGAAUAAUCCGCCAAGCAUGGGUCCGCCAGGGAGACCGGUGCAUUGAGGAUUACGCCAGGGACUUAGUGGGAGUGGCUCGCCAGUCGGCGACGGAGGCUGGUACGCAGCGUGCAGGAACCUCCGCUGAUGUCGGUGCGAGCGGUGUGGUCUGCUCGCAGAGUCCCCGAGGCAGCGGUGUCCGCACACAGUUCCCCCGAGGCGGCGGUGCCCGCUCGCAGUUUCCCCGGGGCAGCGGUGUCCGCUCACAAGGCUCCGGAAGCGGCGGUGCCCACUCGCAGUUCCCCCGUGGCGGUGGCUCCACACACACCGCUGUGGUGGCCGCUGGUUCUGCCCUGGGUGCCCAUUCGUGGGACUUCGUGUUUGAAUUCAUAGAUGUUUUAUUAAUCAAAUGUGGAUUCUUCAUCCUCCUUGUUAGUGCGUCCACCUUCCAUGCCAACGACCCAGUGCGCCCACCUCCCAAGUCCUGCUUGGAGCGGGUGUGA